AUGGCGGCACUGUCCAGGAAGUUUGAAUCCUGCGGACGAUUGUUCUCGCGGUUUGGACCCUCAGCAAUACAUAGAACAAGAGCGAUGGCUAAGAGGUCCAGAGUUCUUUCGAACCCCAGAGAUACAUGGCCCGAUGAGCCAAUUCAAGAGAUACCCGACAGCGAACUGGAAAUCAAAAAGAAGAAAACGACUUGUGCGACUCGCCUCCAGACGACUGUAAGCCCUCUGCUCUAUGAACUACUCGAAAGAUACUCGGACUGGUCGAAACUACUUAAAUAUGUGGCUUGGCUAUGCAAGUACAAAGCUCGGUUGAAAAAUGGCAAACGUUUAGAAUGCAAUACUUUAUCCGUGGAUGAUCUGACUUUAGCUAAACGAACGAUUGUUUUACUUGUUCAACACCAGUCGUUUCCGGAAGAAUUGCAAGAUCUUAAAAGAAUGGAUAAAACCGGUCAACGUGUGAAGAAAUCGAGUUCGAUUGUGAAGCUUAAGCCCAUGUUAGGCGAGAACGGACUCCUAAGGGUCUCUGGUAGAAUAUCAGAAGCACCAAGUACGUUUGACAGCAAACAUCAGAUGAUUUUACCUCAGAAUCACCAUGUUACAACCUUGAUAAUUCGUUUUAAUCACCAACAACUUGGACACUGCGGACAAGAGCAGUUGUUAUCUCGACUUCGAGAAGAAUUUUGGAUCGUUAAGGGCAGAGCGACUAUUAAACGAGUGAUCAGCAAAUGCAUACCGUGUAGGAAAAGAUACUCUGUACGGAUGACCCAAGAAAUGGCAGAGUUACCUAAGGUUCGCCUUACUCCUUUCGAACCUCCCUUUACAAACACGGGCAUUGACUUUUUCGGACCACUUAUGGUAAAACACGGACGGGGUUCUGCCAAGCGUUAUGGAUGUAUAUUUGUAUGUAUGGCCUCGAGAGCCAUACAUCUAGAACUAGCCCAGUCUCUGGAAACCGAUGAUUUCAUCAUGGUGUUACGAAGAUUCUUAAACAUUCGGGGUGGCGUUAAACAACUGCGUUCAGAUAACGGUACAAAUUUCGUGGGCGCAGAGCGCGAGUUACGUGAAACUUUAGAAAGGUGGAAUCAAAAUCAGGUUGAAGAGCAUUUAAGACAAACCGGAGUAGAAUGGAUUUUCCACCCGCCAUUAGCGUCCCAUAUGUCGGGAGUGUGGGAGAGACUGAUUCGUGGUGUUAAACAAUCGUUGAAGGCUAUCCUAGGAAAGACAUUAGUUAAAGAAGAAGUCUUGAGAACGGUGUUAUCAGAAGCCCAAGGGAUUGCCAAUUCCAGACCUCUGUGCCCGAACUCGGGCGAUCCUCGGGACAUGGAGCCGUUAACUCCGAAUCAUCUGUUACUUCAAAGACCAGCGAUUACUCUACCUCCUGGAAAAUUUGACGAUGCUGAUUUGUAUAGCAGAAAGAGUUGGAGACAAUCACAAAUUUUGAGCGAUCAUUUUUGGAAACGGUGGUUACAUGAGUAUCUACCAACUUUACAACAAAGACAAAAAUGGCUUACACCACAACGAAAUUUAGCAGUUGGUGAUCUUGUACUCCUAGUAGACGAGAAUCUUCAACGAGGACAUUGGCUACUUGGUAGAGUGAUGAAAGUGUUUCCUGGAAAGGAUGGUCUUGUCAGAGUCGCCGAAGUGAAAACGAAAAACAAUGUUUUGAAACGUCCAAUUCAGAAGUUGUGCUUCCUGGAGGCUGACGAAUGAAGGUGGUAAAUGAGCUAACGUGAUACGCUCAUUGGGGGGCCGGGAUGUUACGGACGCUACUAUAAUUAAUCUAAUUAUUUCGCGCCGUUUGUUGACAUUAGCAUAAUUAAUUUAGGGUCAGUCUUCGCGAGCAAGGCUUUUUGGAAAACUAUUGAUAUUCGUGAUAGAUAUACAAACGUAAUCUGCUUUAAAAUCGCCAUAAGAUGUAAGAAUUUCUUUCAUUUUGGCUUUGAACCACUUGAACUUGUUGUUAAUGAACGUUAUUUGUAAUUCUAUGUAGCAAACCUUUGUUUACGACCGAUAUUAGUCGAAAUACGGACAGAAUCGAGGACAGAAUGAUGCAUGGAUAUUUGAUAUGUACAAGAUAUUUGUCAUGAUGUACUGCUUAAAAUAAACUAAAUUUGAGAGUAAAUAAAGUGUAAUGAUGUGGUGAUUAUUAUUUGAUAUAUAAACGACAUUCGGUUGGGUUUGUUCCCAACAAAGUCUACACGGCUAAAAACGAUCAGCGGUUGUUGCAAUAGUUGAUGAAAAAGGAUUGAACAAUGUUUUGCUGCCCACAUUGUGCACAGUUGUCAACAAUCAUGCAUGAACAAUAUUGUUACACCCGAUUCAGGCCCAACAAUAUGUUACGAAACAUCACUCAUACAUAGAAUUUUACUGAUAAAAUAAACAACACAAAAUGUUUGCUUGAGAGCAGGUGAAAUGCUCGUGCAAGUAAAUAUUAUCCAAAGCAUAAUGAGAGGAGAUAAUGGUAUUUUGCCACAAAUCAAAGUAAAGUAAAUAUUUCAGUUCUCGGGAAAACAUUCAUUGUUUCUUCCAUUAGGCUAUGACAGUUUGUUAGACUAGCUGCAGUUGUCUAUGUGGAAAUGUCAUGUUUUGAUUGACCUGUUUCCUAUAGUUUAUAUCGUGGGCAGAUUUGUUUAAUUUAAAGAGAGCAGCUGCCUGAGGUCUCAUGAACAUUGACCUUUCACGUGGACAGACUCAAGCGUAAAAUAUGAGUCAUCCCAAGCUAGAUAACACUCGGUCAUGCAAUUAAAAUAUUACGUCAUCAAAAUCUUAGUUCGAUAAAAUUGUAAGUAAAUUUAGUUCAAUAGGUAAAGUAAGGAUCAGAUAGGUAUAGUUUGAAGAUUUUACUACGAUAUAUUGAUAAGUAUUUUAAGUUGUGAACAUGUUUUAAUGAUGAUCGAUUGAACAGCAAACCGACUCGACCUGUACGACAACGCCUUAAAUAAACAGAAUGUGAGAGCUGGAACGAGCUAGCAACGCCAACCCACUCUUCCAUAGCUCAACGUCGAUUGGCUGGAUACAGAUCACACCACUUCUCAGACCACGUGUACAAAGAUUCCCUCAACCGUUAGUAUAAAAGGACGUGCACAAUCCAAAUUCGUCAGUGGACUCAACGAAGUAAAAAUUAUGUAUGAAAAAUUGUAGAAAGCUCAAAAAGAAACAAAGACAAAACGACAAUGAAUACGAACUAAGAACAACGAAGAAAGGCUAGUAAAGAAAGGAGAGAACUUUGAAACAGAACUAUUCUUAUAAGUAAUAGCAUGGCAUUCAGGUCGAUUAGUGAUUAAAUGUACCCGAAAGCCGAGAGAGGUUUAGUAAAAGUCCAAGGCGCCAAGGGACUUUUACUAAACCUCUCGAGGCUUGAGGGACAUUUCAUCACUAAUGGGAUUUGUAAUAUCAUAGUUGCCGAGGGAAUCGCGCGUGGUGUGUUGCCUGUUUUGAAUGCUGUUUGAUUGUCUUAUGAUUGUGGUACGAACACUUUUCACAUAUACGCACGUGCAGAAACACAUCUCCGUGUUCAUUCGUUUUAGGCAUCCGCAUAAACGGAAUUUUCUCCCACAAUUGUAAUGUUCAAGAUUAGGGAAUAAAAGCUGGCAAAGUGAUUGUUCGAAUGUGUACGGGACGGUGUCGUCAGAUACUGUCCAUAGUUGUGCCGAUGAUUUUCGAUGAGGUACAGCUCUCCAAUCAGAGGUAAUGAGGUACGCUUUUGUCUUCUAAAUUUCCCUCAUCAAGCAUGCAGGCACAGAAGAGAUAAUACCAGAAGUCUUAGUCAAGCGGAAACAUGUCCCAUCUUUUUUAUUGCGCAUGCGCGAGCUAAACAAGUGUAAUGCAAUGUUGACAAUAGAAAAUUAUAUUGGGAAGUUGUCAUUCCUACAGUAAAAACAGCUUUUUUUCAAGUAGUACGAAAUGUGACUUCGAUUUAUCUGUGGAACUAUUUGAACAGAAGGUAAAGCAGUAAUUUUGUUGUAUUUAGAAAGCAAACAGGGUCAUAUUUUUAAAAAAAUAGCGCACUAAAUAUAAAUUUGAGCAUCAUUAAAAUGUGUUCGCUAUGAUGCCAUUUUGUCUCGAGUAUAUACGGAGUACUGCUUUUAUACUGGUGGAUAUUCGAAUUUAUUUGGCUCAAAAACACCAUUACUUCAAUAUCCCUUUCUUGUUUUUCCUUGGAUAGGUUUUAACAAGAUAGAACUCUAGAUCACUUGGGUCCAAAAACGCUAGAUUAUAAAAUCCUGAUGUGACUUGAUACUACAAAUAGAAUAUGUCUUGUGAUGUAAUACUACAAAUAGAAUGACAAACUUCAAUGAAUUGAUAAAGUGUAAGGAUAGUGUUUAAAGUUGCUUCAUGUGUAGAAGCUGAAUUACUUUAGUUUAUACACUGUAAUGUCGAUAUCACAUGUUGAUGACUUUAAUACUAGCAACUCGCAAUAAGUGGUCUGUCCUGCUUGUUUAUAAUACUUUAGAGUUUGGACAUUAGAACAUUGUAAUUGCCUGACAGAGACUGUUAGGGCCUGUUUGUAUGGAAGCCAGGCUGGCCCGCUUAGCGAGACAGCCCGGUAAGGUAGAUACGCAGGAUGAUUUCUCUUGUGUUUAUUUGAGAAAAUUUCAUCCUGCUUACUGGGACAAUUUUGUUGUUUUGACAUUGUUUUGACAGUUAUUAAAAAUAGCUUGCGGCAGUAUCGUUGAACUUUCAUCCUGGCAACUGGGCUAACCUGCUUGUGAUUGUUUAUAUGGAGAAAUUUCCAUCCUGGUCUCUGCAACAGGGCCUCCCGCUUGUAGAUAGAAACAAUUUUAAUUAUAAUUUUUACUAUAAGAAUAAGUAGACAGCGAGAUCUCACUUACCGGGCUGUCUCACUUAGCGGGCCAGCCAGUUUCAAUAUAAACAAGCCCUUAAAAGCUGCAAGUUUCCUUAAAGCAAUAUCAUCUAUAUCACAGAAUACAGUUUCUGUAGUGACAUACUUUGUGUGUUUUCUGUCUUUAAAGUGUCUUAUGUUUGUAAUAUUUUUGUACAAUACCUUUUUGAAAUUGUUGAUACUGGUCUCAAUGUAACUCAGUUAUUCCUUCUCAAGAAAAAUAAAAAACAAAGCUGUGUGGGUGUGUUUUUGCUCUAGUUUUUACAUCUACAUGAUUCAUGUACAAUUAAUGUACAUUUAAAUUAGCUUUGUUCAAUGAAUACAGGUGUGAUUCAAAUAUCAUUCCUAUCUGGUACUUGGAUCAAAUAGACAUAAGCAUACCAAAUCAUGCUAUGAAUUGAAAUGGGUCAUUCCAGAAAACAUCCAUACCUCCCCCACGGAGGAAAUUGGAAGUUAACCCCCUACCCCCUUCAGAUGUUCUAAUACAUUUACCAUUAUCAGAACCAAUUUUUUCUCCCCUCCCCCUCCGGACGGCAGAAAUUUCCUCCGUGGGGGGAGUGUGGAUAUUUUCUGGAACGACCCAAUACAAGUACUGUAUAGGGUGUGUAUUGUUUAAAUAAAUAUAUUUUCCAGUUAACCCAGUAAGCUGCAUUGUGCCCCAAUGCACCCUACUUUACUAGUUUAUUUCACUUCAUCUAAUGCCAGAUGAUUUUACUUAUCGAGGGGGAGUGCUGCUGCUCAUUGAGCUCUGAUUGAGUUCACUGAAAGGCAGCACUUUCCCCUUGACGAGUGAAAUUGUCUGGUGUUAGACAGAGUAAAAUAAUCUUGCGUUCAAUAAAGUAGCUACUUUUUCAAAAGCUCAACCAGGCUAAAGAUUCUUUGAUUUGAAAACCAAAGUGAUAGUGAACUAGUUAGUUGAAACAAACAGAAUUGUUCGAUUUAUUUACUUUCCACAACAUAAUUUGACAAUUAAAAUUUAAUUUGAUACUUUUCCAGUAUGCAUUCUUCAUUGACAUUAUAGAGGUUCAGAUUUGACUACCAUUACCAUUAAGGGACCAUCAAAUGCAUUUGAUAUAUUCGAUCAACCAUGAUUAUAACCAAUCAGAUGCAUACUAAGGCAGUCAGAUAUAGUGCUAGUAGAACUCAAAUCUUAACCUCUACAAUGAAAGUGCGAGUUUAUUCAUAAACUAAUUAUACGUAAAUCAACUUUCAUGCAAUCAUCUAGUUAUGCACCAGUCAAUGUAAACCCUUCCCCCAACCGGGGAGGGGCGGGAGGUUUAGUGGGGAAAGUGGUCCGUUUUGAUUAUAAAUUUGCCCCGAUGAUGGGAGACUUGGACGGUGGUUAAUAUAUAUAUCCUGUGUUGCUGUUUUAGUUUUCCCGACAAGAAAAGUUUAAAUACAACAACAUUUAAAUGAAUUUGAUUUUCUAUUGCUUAUCUAUGAUUAUACAAAACUAUUUUCCCACGGUUGAGAGACAUGCAGGGAACAUUGAUGUCCCUGGGGGUGGGACAAUUUUGCUCUUUUACUACCCCUCCAAGUCAAAAUCCCUGCCCCUCCCCGGUUGGGGGGUUUACAUUGACUGGUGCAUUAAUUAAAGAGGUGUCAGUGCCACAUAUGUAGUAAAAGCCAACUUGUCAGUAAAGGCCACAGAGCAAGAUUGUAUUUCAAAGAUUGCCAGUGACAAGAACAAUUGAUAGGCCUGAAAUAGAGUAUGCCAACAGUUAGUAUACUGCAAAUAACUAUUCUAUCGACAAGAUAAUGUGUGUUUUUACAAAUGUUUUUAUAUAUCAAUCCAAUGGCAUGUAACCUAAAAUUCAGCAGUGUCUGUGUAAUGUAAUACACCCUUACUUCUCAAUGGUCAAAUUAACUAUACUACAUUGUGUAUAAUAAUAUAUGGACUGGUUCAAAAAUAUAUUGAAUUUAUAACUUAUAAGUGUUGAACUGGUGAACUAUUGAUGUGGAGAUUUAUGCCAAGUAUACAAUGGCACAAGGAUUUUCAUGUUAUCAGCAUGAUUAAAUCGUGAGAUUGUGCAAAUAAUCUGUGUAAAAUCUCUUAGAGAUAUCCUCGGUAGCCACAUUUUAAGGUAAAAUAACUAUGGUAAAGCUAUUCAAGGAAAAAAAUCAUUGGAUCUGUCAACCUCGUUGUCAACAGUGAAUUUAACUAAAUUUAUGAUCCAUUUAUUGCCGUAUUUUAGCUGAGAAUUCAUUUAAGAAAAUGCAAUACGAUAGACUUACCUUUGAAUUUAUCAUAUAUUCUUUUAAAAUGGUCACCAAAGCUCUAAAACUCGAUUGGUAAUGUUUACAUGUAAAUUUGUCAAAUUACACUUGUUUAGGGCACUGGAAACGAGACGCGGCCAAGAUGCGAGAGCCGACAUGCGCGGGGACAUCAACAUCAAAGAUUCCGACAUCGAGUAAGACUUCUGGUCUUAUUAUUUAUUUUGUGAUGCAGGGGAAAAUUAGAAGACAAAGAAAUCCUAUGUUUUCAACUAAAUUUACCGGGUAAAUUUAGAAGACAAAGCGUAUGCAUGGGUAAUGAGGUAAAUUAGUGAUAAUCGUACCUCGCGAGACAAAGGAUUUCGAGGCAACUAUGAUAUUACAAUAUUAACAAUAGUAACAAUAAUUAGAAACACUGUAACGAUUCCCUACCUCGCGUAGAAAACAGAAUAAAAUCACAAAUUUUUAACAAAUAUAUGUUGUUCAAUAUUGUCGACAAGUGUGAACAACGUGGGCAGCAAAACAUUGUUCAUUCCUGUUAAACAGCGAGCUCAGCGUUUUUACGUGCGAAGGCUACACGGCCAAAAACGCGCAGGUUAUUCCACUAGUUGAUAUCGACAGGCGGGAACAAUGUUGUGCGGCCAACUAUGAUCAAGUUGUCAACCAUAAUUGUUCCAAGUUGCUACAGUUGAACAAUGCUGUAACAAUAUGUUGACAAUACUGUUCAUAGCAGGCCGCACAACCUUGUUCACCCCUGUUGAUAUCAACAAGUUGUUGAUUUUCUCAAUUUUUACGCGUGUAAGUAAUUGAUGCAAGUAAGCGUAAUCUCAUUGUCGUUCAUCAAUCAUAUAUAGUAUCUCUAAAUUCGUAGAUUUUUGGUUAUACAGAUUCAUAUUCGUUAUGAAUCACCGAGCCCUAUAUAACUAAGGACUAUCCUUACCCCUGACUACAGCCCUAACUGUUCGCCCUCACUCACAAACAGCUAGACAUGAAUCUAUAUCCUCAUCUGUUAAGAUUUAGUUGGCAAUUCCAGGGCAAUAACUAGACGCGAUAACGUGUGCAUAUUCAUAUAUUCCUGUUCUGCCUCGCUGAUUUAUUUUGAAAGCGAUUGUUUUUACGGUAUGUAAACAUCUGAAUAUAAUAAAUAUGCACCCCCCCUCCCCCUCCCCCCACCCCCAAGAGGGUGGGAAAGGGGGGUAUGGAUCACGUUUCACAACGAAAAAAAGCUGUUUCACGAUUCACGUGUCUUAAAAAAGCAAUUUCACGAACUAGAUUCUAAUAAAAUAAUAUACUAAUAAUAUGUUUAUUAAGAGUAUGUUCCGGCAAUGCAUGGUACAACCUGAGUCAGUUAAAAACUAGAUCAUAACUUUAGAAGUUUGAGUGACGAGUAUGUCCGACGGCCUCCGAAAGGCCUCAAAGUUUUUACUCUUGUGCAAUCGAGUGAGAUCAUAUAAAUUGAUUAUCGCGUAUCACGUCUAUUAUGACUAUUAUAAAAUAGAUCGAAAAUAAAUAAAGUAAAAUCGCAGUUCACGAAUCAGACAUCCUUAAUUCUCAUUUCACGGGGCAUUUUUAUCGACAAUCACGCCUCACGGCUGUAGAACAAAUCCCAUUUCACGACACUAAAAUCAAGCAUUUCACAUUUCACGCGAGCAAAUAUUGACCAUUGACGGCUCACGAAAAUACCCUUUCCCACCCUCCCCCAAUUAUCAUGUCUAGUAACAGUCCUGGGCAUCUUACGCACAGACCAGGACCAGGACCAGGAACAGGAACAGCAACAGGAACAGGAACAGGAACAGGAACACCAACAGCAACAGGAACAGGAACAGGAACAGGAACAGGAACAGGAACAGGAACAGGAACAGGAACAGGGACAGCAACAGCAACAGGAACAGGAACAGCAACAGCAACAGCAACAGCAACAGCAACAGCAACAGCAACAGCAACAGCAACAGGGACAGCUGCGAAAUGCAACUUUAGGUCCUUGCAUGGCAGGACCUGGCACGGAGACAGCCUCGUCCCCAGACGCCUUGAUUUGCGGCUAUUACUAUAACAAGGAAUGGGGAAUCGGGGAAAGGAAUCGAGGAAUGGGGAAUGGGGGAUGCUAAAACCCGGAAUACUAAAAGCGGGAAUCUCUGAAACCCGGAAUACUAAAAGCCGGAAUCUCUAAAACCCGGGAUACUAAAAGCCGGAAUCUCUAAAACCCGGAAUACUAAAAUGGGGAAUCUCUAAAACCCGGAAUACUAAAAUGGGGAAUCUCUAAAACCCGGAAUACUAAAAGCCGGAAUCUCUAAAACCCGGAAUACUAAAAUGGGGAAUCUCUAAAACCCGGAAUACUAAAAGCGGGAAUCUCUAAAACCCGGAAUACUAAAAUGGAGAAUCUCUAAAACCCGGAAUACUAAAAGCCGGAAUCUCUAAAACCCGGAAUACUAAAAUGGAGAAUCUCUAAAAUCCGGAAUACUAAAAUGGGGAAUCUCUAAAACCCGGAAUACUAAUAGCCGGAAUCUCUAAAACGCGGAAUACUAAAAUGGGGAAUCUCUAAAACCCGGAAUACUAAAAUGGGGAAUCUCUAAAACACGGAAUACUAAAAGCCGGAAUCUCGAAAACCCGGAAUACUAAAAUGGGGAAUCUCUAAAACACGGAAUACUAAAAUGGGGAAUCUCUAAAACACGGAAUACUCAAUGGGGAAUCUCUAAAACCCGGAAUACUAAAAGCCGGAAUCUCUAAAACACGGAAUACUAAAAUGGGGAAUCUCUAAAACCCGGAAUACUAAAAGCCGGAAUCUCUAAAACCCGGAAUACUAAAUGCCGGAAUCUCUGAAACCCAGAAUACUAAAAGCCGGAAUCUCUACAAAAGAUUAUAAACUCCGAAAACUAUAUAUUCUGCAAGAAAACUGUCAUUAUAAUAUAAUUUUUAGAACUUAAUUAGUUAUAUAAUAUAUAUUUUAUAUCGAACAUAUUUAAUAUACACUGCCAUUUAAUACAAUAUUAAUAUUUUAAAUCUAGAUCGACAUUUUCCAUUCAGACACAGUUUGUGAACUCAAUCGUGUCGUUUUGGGGCAGUGUGAAAUGGAUAAAUUCUAGCAAAAACAUCAAUUCAUUUUUUUACAGUAAUAAAACGUACGACCACUUUCAACACUAAGGUAAAUAUGUUUCCGCGAAAAAGGCCCAGGAACUCAUUUAGUUUAUCUGAAAAAGGCUACUGCGCGAUUUAUUGUUUGAAAAGUAAACAAAUUACAAACCGUCAGGUUAAGUGUAAAAAGGAAAACGGAACGGCACAACAUUACAAUGAUAAGUUAUCGCGAUAUUUUUAACCAUGCAACUGCUAAUUUUAUAGAUUCUUAGAAAUUCCCCAUUUUUGUAUUCCGGGUUUUAGAGAUUUCGGCUUUUAGUAUUCCGUGUUUUAGAGAUUCCCCAUUUUAGUAUUCCGUCAGUUUAGAGAUUCCGGCUUUUAGUAUUCCGUGUUUUAGAGAUUCACCAUUACCCACAGAAAUAUUUCCUCUGAACAUUUGAACCCAUAUGGGCUCCAUCUUUCUAAACAAGGAACAGCUAAAUUAGCCCAGAACUUUACAAACUAUCUAAAAAAUCCUAAUUGACCAUCUACCGAUGCUCCACCCCCUUCACAACCUGUUACCAAUACAAUAAGGCCAGUAAAGCAACCAAACCCUAUUCUUCCUAAACUUAAAGGUUUCAAAGUAGCACAACUUAACAUCGCUAGCUUGCCUAAACACUAUGAAGAACUACUUAUUUAUAUGCGUGAUGAACCUUUCGAUAUAUUGACCUUAAAUGAAACUAGAUUAGACAGUACUUUCCUAGACUGUGAAGUACAAAUACCUGGUUAUGAUAUUGUCAGAUCUGACCGAAACAGACAUGGGGGAGGGGUAGCUAUAUAUAUAAGGACUAUCAUCCCAUAUAUCGUACGUGAAGAUUUAUUACAAGAUACUCUCGAAUUGCUUUGUAUUGAAGUUAGAAAACCCAAAAGUAAACCAGUGCUUAUUUCAACUUGGUAUCGACCACCGAGUGCAAAAAUUGAAUUAUUCCAAAAGUUCGAAAACUUCUUGAAGCUGAUUGAUAAUGAAGACAAAGAUAUUAUCAUAACCGGGGAUCUUAAUUGUAAUUUUAUUGAGCACACUCAAAACCAAGCUACUUCUAAGUUAAUUGAUAUUAUUGAUAUUUUUCAACUGCAGCAACACAUACAAACCCCUACUAGAACUACUUAUAAUUCUUCGUCUCUGAUUGAUUUAAUUCUUACACAUAUCGACGAUGAUAAAACCUUAGAAGCCGGGGUUGUUGACCUUGGGAUUAGUGACCAUAGUAUUGUUUAUAUAUGUCGGAAAAUUAGCAUUCCUAAAGAGCCACCAAAAAUUGUAUUUACACGACAGUUCAAAAAUUACAACUCCCACCAAUUUAAAGAAGAGCUAAGCUACUAUACUAAUCUAGAUCCCACAUCGAAUGAUCCAAAUGUGCUAUGGAAUGAAUUUAAGAACAACUUUCUUACUAUUGCUGAAAAACACGCGCCAGUUAGACAGCGUCGCGUUAAGAGUGAGCAUAAACCAUGGCUGACGAAAGAAAUAAAGCGUUUAAUGCAUCAUAGGGAUUAUCUUAAAAGACAGAGUGUUCGUUUAACAUCGAGUAAUUAUAACGAGGCCUACAAAAGAUGCAAGAAUAAAUUAAAUGAGCUUAUUAAAAAGACUAAGGAAGAAUACUUUAAAACGAAGUUGUCUAAUGCAAAUAAUAGCAAAGAGAGUUGGCAGGCUAUUAAUGAGCUAUUAAACAAAAAAGCCCAAAACUACCCAUGUAACACAGCUAAAUGUAGAUGACCAAGUUAUAACUGGAGACACAAAUAUUGCGGACUGUUUUAAUCAGUAUUUUUCAUCCAUCAGUUGUAAACUGUCGAAAAAUGUCCAAAAUAUUAAUGUUGACCCUAUGACAUUUGUCACUCCUACGGAGAGUUCGUUUCAUUUUUCAUGUAUUUCAGUCCAAGAGACUUUUGACGCCUUAAACCAACUUAAUUCAAGGAAAUCACCAGGACUGGACGGCAUAAGUGUAAAACUAUUAAAAGAUACAAGCGAUGUUACCGCGCAACCAUUACCCAACAUCUUUAAUCUAUCUCUUCAGACUGCAAUUUUUCCGGACGAGUGGAAAAUCGCCAAGGUAUCACCAGUCUUUAAAGAAGGGAAUAAAACUGAUUGCGGAAAUUAUAGACCAAUCUCUGUAAUUUCUGUGGUUGCUAAGCUGUUUGAAGGGCUAGUGUACAAUCAAUUGAGAACGUUUAUUGCUGACAAUAGGAUUCUUGUAGAGCAACAGUCCGGUUUUCGUUCACAGCACUCUACUGAGACGGCACUCUUAGGUUCGACAAAUGAGUGGUUAUAUAACAUGGACAGUGGCUUAAUCAAUGGAGUCCUGUUCUUGGACUUGAAAAAAGCUUUUGACACUGUCGACCAUGAAAUCUUAUUAAAGAAACUUCACCUAUACGGCAUAAAAGGAACUACUUACGCAUGGUUUGAAUCUUACAUCCAAAAUAGGAAAUCGAUUUGUUUAAUGAAUGGGAAAAAAUCACAUGCUAGAGAAAUUAG